AAGUGUGCACGUUUACAGUGUCUGUUCAUGACGAUCACGGAUCAUUAUAAGAAAGAGAAAAAUUAGAACAAAGUACGAAAGAAUUAAGUGGUGGACUUGGAACUAUAUACUUAAAUUAAAAGCUAGAACUUAAUUUAAUUUGCCUGGAGGAUCCGUGCCAUAAAUUGUGGGUUGUUUUCAUUCAGGUUGUCUUUUUGGUGCCAUGCGUCGUGCUGUGGUGAAGGGAAGUUCUGUGUGGAGAAGGCGAUGCCGAGGAGUCCGCACCGGUGCUGACACUGGCCAGGAGCCACCAUAUGAUGUCAUCAUCGUGGGUGGAGGUCAUGCAGGGACUGAGGCGGCCUGUGCCUCGGCUAGAAUGGGGUCAAGGACACUCCUCAUCACACAUAAGUUGGAAACAAUAGGUGAGAUGUCGUGUAACCCGUCAUUUGGAGGCAUAGGGAAAGGUCAUCUCCUGAAGGAGAUAGACGCCCUGGAUGGCAUUUGUGCCAGGAUCUGUGAUAAGGCUGGUAUUCAGUUUAAAAUUUUGAAUCGUCGAAAAGGACCAGCAGUCUGGGGACCUCGUGCACAGAUUGACAGGGAUUUGUACAGAAGUCAUAUCCAAACCGAGGUGAAAAACACACCAAAUCUGACACUGAUUGCCUCCCCUGUUGAGGACCUCAUUAUUACUGAGAUGGCUCACCCUACUAAUGAUACGGCCAGACUACAGUGUAAUGGUGUCAUCACGGAAAACGGUGAUCACCUCAGAGGAAAAACUGUGGUGUUGACAACUGGAACAUUUUUGCGAGGUUGUAUCAAUAUUGGGUUAAAGAGGUAUCCGUCUGGAAGGAUGGGGGAUGGGCCGUCUGUUGGUCUUGCUAAAACCCUGGAGAAUGCAGGGUUUAAAAUGGGUCGACUGAAAACAGGAACACCUCCGAGGUUAGACGGUGCAACCAUAGACUUCAGCAGACUGACCAGUGACAGUGGAGAUAUCCCGCCUCAGCCAUUUUCCUUCAUGAACGACCGUGUAUUGAUUAAGCCAGAGGAACAGAUUCCAUGUCACCUGACCCACACAAACAAAACCGUGGAUCAGAUCAUCCAUGAUACCAUACACCUUAACCCUCACAUCAGGGAGGAAGUCACCGGACCCAGGUACUGUCCUUCCAUAGAGUCUAAAGUCUUCCGAUUUCAUGGAAGACGGCACCAGAUUUGGCUGGAACCAGAAGGUCUGAACUCCACUGUAGUGUAUCCCAAUGGUAUCUCUUGUACAAUGCCAGAGGAGUUCCAGGAGCAGAUGCUGCAUUCUAUAGAAGGGUUGGAGAAGUGUCGCAUGGUCAGGCCAGGAUAUGGUGUGGAGUAUGAUUUCAUUGAUCCCAGGCAGCUCAAACCCUCCCUGGAAACGCUAAAGAUUGACAACUUGUUCAUGGCAGGACAGAUUAAUGGCACGACAGGUUACGAAGAGGCAGCAGCGCAGGGCAUUGUAGCAGGUAUCAACGCUUCAUUGAAGGUACAGGCCAGGGAUGCGUUCAUCAUUAACCGCACCGAGGGGUACAUCGGGGUGCUGAUCGAUGAUCUGACUACCCAGGGGACAACUGAACCCUACCGCAUGUUCACCAGCAGAUCGGAGUUCCGACUCUACCUGAGGCCGGACAAUGCAGACGAGAGGCUGACUGAAAAAGGAUACGCUGUGGGAUGUGUUAGUGAUGAGCGACUUAAGAAAACCGUGACACUGAAGUCUGAGCUUGAAGAAGCCACGGAACUGCUGAAGUCUGUGGAACAUUCCACGCUGAAGUGGAGGAAAGACUUUGACCUACCAUUACCGAAGAAAGCAAAUUGUGCAAGUGCCUUUAAGAUCCUUGCUAUCACCAGCAUUUCCAUGGCCAUGCUAGUGCAGAAGUACCCGGAUCUGUUCGGUCAUGUGAGAAAUGACCCUUAUCUCUUCACCAAAAUAGAAAUAGAAGCCAAAUAUGCCGCAGAUCUGGAGAGCCAGCUGGGGGACAUAGAGGAGGUGAGGAGAGAAGAACAGCUGGUCCUGCCUUCAAACCUCGACUAUCUCAGCUUAAACAUGUCUACAGAGGCCAAACUUAAGCUGGCAGAAGCUCAGCCUCAUACAAUUGCGGCAGCCAGUCGCAUUCCUGGGGUCACUCCUGCAGCUCUGAUCCUUCUCCUGCGUCAUGUAAAACAGCGAGAAGAGCGGUCGCCGAACAGAGCAUUGAACAGCUGACAGGAAAGAGCUUGACUGAGAGAUCACAAUAAUGUGACAAGUUGACAGUUCACUCGUCUCUUCAUACUACUCACUGGACAAGGAGACUGAAAGGCUUCCACCUUCAUGAAGUUCUUUAGCACGUGACCACUGAGGUCGCGUGUCCGAAUGCAGCUUG